AUGCCCAUCAUCGGGAUGCACAUCGGAAUGGAAGGCAGUGGUGGUGACGGUGAUGGUGUUGACCAUGCUCUUACGUUGGUUGACUUGCCUGUGGAACUGUUAUUUCUGGUCUGCGAGUUCUUGUCGCCGUACGGUGUCGUCGUCCUCUCGCACGUCUCGUCGCUCUUCCGCCGCCUCCUCGCCGACGAUCUCCUCUGGCGCGCCGUCCAUCGGCGCUGUUUUGGCGAGAAUCCGCCCCAGUCGGAGAUCGAGGUCCUCGACAUUGGUCUCUAUGCGCGGAUGUGGAGAGUCGAGGUGGCCAACCUCUCGCCGGCUCGGCUUUUCACGCUCAAGCGCGCCAAGCGCGAGUCACCGCUGAUGGUGGCCGCCUGGCGAGCCUGGGGUCUUGCGCUCGACGCCCGCACCGCUGCCGAAGCUGCUGUGUCGAAUGUAGAGAGGCUGCGAUGGAUGAUCGACGCCGCGCUCGUGCUAUGGUGGGGUGAGUACUUUGACGAGGCGGCGGCGGCGGCCGAAGCGGCGGCGAUGGAAGCGGCCGCGCUGGUCCCCACGCUUGAUACAGACGCUAUUCCGCCGUGGGCAGUAGCUGACGACUGCAGCCUGCUCGACAGGCUGCCAAUCGAGACGACAGGCGUGCCGCAGGCGUGUCAAGCACUUGGACUGCGCGCCUCUGCUGACGAGCCGACGAGCGCGCUUGCUAUUGCCGCCGCUGUCCUGGCCGGGUAUGUGGCGACGACGCCGAUGGCUAGAGUGGCCCACCUGCGGCGCGGCGGUGAGCUGUGGGCCGCCGCGGUGACAGCGCCCGGUGCAUCGCCGCCGCGAACGGCGGUCCAGCGUGCGUUUGAGUUGUUGCAGUGCGCGGCGCGGGUGGCGACCGACGCCGGACAGGCAGAGGAUGCGCUCGAGCUUGGUCAAGCCACGCUAGCAAUGGCGAACGCACACACCGAGGUUCUGGGCGAACCGGGGCGGAUGUAUUACUUUCUAGCUGCAGCAAUGCUCGCGCAUGGUGCGUACGUUGAUGCUGCGGAUCAUUUCGCGCUGUACGCGGCGUCGGGCCACGCCGACCGCAUCCAGUACAGUUCGUCGCGGUUUCUCGAGCUCUCGAUCCUUUGUCGUGCGCUCGGUGAAGGUCUCGGUGCGGCGUGCGAAGCUUUAGCCGUUGCUGCCGACGCUGACGCGCGGUUCUUUGACUCGGCGGCGUACUACCGCACCUCGCACGUCCUCGGCCUGCUCAACACUGCUGACAUGGACGGCAUGCAGAGCUAUCUCGCCCACGCAAGGCUUCCGCCCGACUCGCCAAGGUGCCAAGCACUUCGCGAACUUGUGCGCCGACACAUGCCUGGCCACGGGCUUGGUGCCCUUCUUGGGGAUGAUGAGUACGAGUACUACUCGGACGAGGUCUGAUACCUGGCGACGACUGUAUGCGUGACGGCGAGUGCUGACAUGACGUCGGCGCGGAUGGCACCGCAGAUGCGCAGGCGAACGCUCACCACAGUCUUCCGGGCGGUUGGGCUUCGGACGGGAGGGCUUCGGGCGGGAGGGCUUCGGGUGGGUAGUGCUCGGCGAGGACGGUGUGGCGUUGGCGCCGGCGCAGAAGACAAUCUUGGAUUUUGUGCGAUGAUCCAUGGGCGAUGAGGCAAUUGUCCAGAAAGCCUUGAAGAUCUAGGGCGCGUUGAGAACAAAGGCCAUGUGCAGGCGCUCGAGAUAGUAGUUCUGCAAACCCAUAAAGGCCUUGGGGGCCA